AUGCACCCGUCAACACUUCUCUUGGCGGCCGCUGGAGUUGCCCUCGCAGCACCCCUUUCUGCUCCCCGUCAAGCCAACGCCUGCUUCAUCAUCGGCAACACAGCCCUCCCCGCCGAAGUCGUGAACACAGUCCGGGCCAUCCAGAGCGCCGUCACUUGCAACCCCAACACCCAGACACUGUCUGGCGUCCCCGACGUCACUUCAGGAGGCGUCACAUUUUCCGACGUCAACUUUGCCUCGUCAAACCUCUCCCCGCUUGAGUUCGCUCUGACCGAGUUUGCCGCCUCCAACCCCCUCUCAGCCACCGAUUUGCAACGCUUCCAGGACACGCUCAACGUGUACCUGGCCACCGAGGCCGGGAUCCGCUCUGUGGGCGGACCGCUUACCAUCAAGGUGCCCAAGUUCUUCCUCCAAUUCCAGGUGUCGCGCAUCCAGACCGCACAGGGCAACCCGCCCACCGCACCGGGGCUACAGGUCAAUCAUCUUAGGGACAAGGUGCUGAAGAAUGCGCCGCGGGAGAACCCGGCGCUGUUGGAGCAGGUUCGGCGGUUGGCUACGCAGCUGAGCUAA